AUGUUCUCCAUCUGUAUCUACUUACACGAAAGCAUAUCUGCAUAUCUCACUCUUAACAGUUUCCAAAAAGGAGGAGAUGGAGGCGGCCCUUCAGAAUGUGACAAGCAGUAUCAUUCCGACGAUACUCCAGUAGUUGCACUUUCCACCGGAUGGUUCAACCACGAGAGCAGGUGCCUCAAAAACAUUACCAUCAGUGCUAAUGGAAAAAGUGUGGUGGCCAUGGUUGUUGACGAGUGUGACUCCACAAAGGGAUGCGAUAAAGAUCAUGAUUACCAACCUCCUUGUCCAAACAACAUUGUUGAUGCUUCCAAGGCCGUGUGGAAAGCUUUAAAUGUGCCUAAAGAACAAUGGGGUGGUCUUGACAUUACUUGGUCAGAUGCUUGA